AUGAAAAUUUCAGUUUAUUUUUUCCCUCUUUUUUUUAUCCUUAUAAUAAAUAUAUCAAAAAGUAAAAUAACUGGAAAUAAUUUGGUAUCCGGGGUAAAUAAUAUAUAUUGUUCGAAUGAAUUAAAAGAUAAAUGUGUAAUAAAUAGAUGGCCCAAAGGCAUAAAAGAAUAUAGAAGAGUGGAUAAAAAUUGUAAACGAAAUAAAUAUUUAUUGUUUAAUAUAUCAAAUGGAAAAAUAAAAAAUAUAUUCACUUUUAAAAAUUCAAUAAGACAGAUAAAAGAUAAGAUAAAAUAUAUGUUUAAAAGGAACCAAACCGUUUUAGACAAAUUAAAAAAUUUAAAUAAAAAAAAAAAUAUAUGGUUUAUUGAAGGAUAUGCCAAAAAUGUAUUUAAUCCGGAUUCCUUUUUUAAUGUUAUUGGGCUUGAAGAAGUUGAAGAAAUUGACAUGAAAUCAUGUGAUAUAAUAAAAAAAAUAGAUUUUAACAAAUUGUUAAAUAAAAAGUAUGUCUAUAAAAAUCAAAAAGAUAUUAAAAGUAAUUAUCGAAUAGUAAGUAUACAAAGGGUUAAGCGAUUUGCCCUUCUUUACAAAAAAUGUUGUAAUAAUUGUCAUAACUAUAAUAGUAUUUGUGAUAAUAAAAGAAAUAAUAUGGAUGAUGUCAUUAAAAAUUGUACAUGUAUUAGCAAUAUGAAAAAAAGUUAUGUUAUAUGUGUCUAUACAUACGUUGUUUUUAGUAUACAUGAUAUUAAAGAGAAUAAAUAUUACAUGGUUAUAAAUAGCUUAAAUAAUGAUGAUGAAGGUAUAUUUUAUGAAUUGAAAGAAUUAAAUACUGAAAAUACCAAACCAAGCUUAAAGUCGUAUACACCUAAUAAGGGGGCUGUAAAAAGUUCUAAUGUUAUUUCAUUAACAAAGAAGAAUUAUAUAUUAAAAGAUGUUAGAAAUAAUGCUGAGCAAAAUAAUAAAAAGAGCAAUUUCUUAAGCUUUAAUAUAUUUAAUACCUAUUCCAAGAAUUUAUUUAAUUUGGUUAAUAAUUUUGAAGGUAUAUUAAAAAAAAUAUUUUUCAGUGGUAAUGAGUUACAGCCCGAAAUUUUUAUACUCUAUGAAGAUAAAAAUAUAUUUUUAAAAAAAAAAAGUUAUUUAGAAUAUAUAAAAUUAUUCUUUUUAAAAUCUGAUGAAUAUGCAGAUUUAUAUCAAAACAUUUUUAAAAAUAACAAGUGGUAUAAAUUAUAUAUUCAAAAUUAUGCUCAAAGACAAUCAAGUUACAUAUUAAGGUGUACAACAAUAAACGAAAAAAAAUUUAGAAAUUUACUAAAAUUUGUGAAAAAUGAAAAUAACAAUAAUUAUAAUUAUCAUAAUAAUUAUUCCAAUGAUGAAAGGAUCUUUUUUUCUUAUUGCAAAAUAUUGUUUGAAAAAUAUGACGAAGAAUGCUUAAAAGCGAAACACAAAACAAAAAGUGUGAUAAAUAGUGAUGAAAAUUACAAUCAUAAAAGUGUUUACAUAAAUAUCGAUACAAAUAAUCAUUUAAGGAAUAAAGAAUUAUUAAUAUUGAAAAAACAAAAAGAUACAUUCUUAUUUAGUAUGGCUAAAUAUUUGAUCAAUAAUUUAAUUUCGUCGAUACAUAUUUGA